AUGGACAGUGUUGGUGAGGGACGGGAGCAGCCGAUGUUGGAGGAGAUCAGCAGCCACAAGGAGCAUCACUUCACGGCCGGAGAGGUGGUGCGGGACGUCAUCAUGGGCGUGUCCGACGGCCUUACCGUGCCCUUCGCCCUCGCCGCGGGGCUCUCAGGUGCGAGCGCUCCAUCCUCGCUCGUCCUCACCGCCGGCCUUGCCGAGGUCGCAGCAGGGGCCAUCUCCAUGGGACUCGGGGGGUACCUGGCGGCUAAGAGCGAAGCAGACCAUUAUGAGCGGGAGUUAAGAAGGGAGCAAGAGGAGAUUAUCGCGGUCCCUGAAAUUGAGGCUGCUGAGAUCGGAGAGAUCAUGUCGCAGUAUGGGCUCGAACCCCAUGAGUAUGGCCCUGUGGUGAUGGGCUUGCGUAGGAAACCGCAAGCCUGGCUCGAGUUCAUGAUGAGGUUUGAAUUGGGCCUCGAGAAGCCAGACCCUAGAAGAGCCCUGCAGAGCGCUCUCACGAUAGCGCUCUCCUAUGUUGUCGGCGGGCUGGUCCCACUCAUGCCCUACAUGCUCCUUCCCACUGCUCACGACGCAAUGCUCACAUCGGUCGUGGUCACGCUUGCCGCGCUCUUCUUUUUUGGCUAUGUCAAAGGCCGCUUCACUGGAAGCCGCCCACUCUUCAGUGCUCUCCAGACUACUUUUAUCGGUGCCGUUGCUUCUGCUGCAGCAUACGGAAUCGCCAAAGUUGUGCAAGUUUGA